AUGCCUGGUGAUAUACGUGAACUAGUUAAGCAAGAACGCAAUCUGCGUGUAACAGUUGACUCGGUGCGUCAGUUUGUGUUGAGUGAAAGUGAUAACGCAGAGCUGGCAAGUGUUCGUUUAGAACUGUUAGAAUAUGCAUACAAACAGUUCAAAAUAGUGCGUACGGAAAUAGAACUUAUUACUGACCACCUGAGUGAUACCACAGAUGAGCUGAGUGAUAAUGUGGCAUUGGAACAAGCAAGGGAGGAAGAAAAUAUCAGAAUUUUGAUCCAGUUUGAAGACGAUUACUGUGAGCUGAAAAGUAAACUUCUACGCCUGUUGUCAUCAAUUCGUGGAUCCAUCAACGAAACUUCAGCUUCCAGUGCAUCUGCCUUUCCUGGUGCUUCCUCAACUUUGGCAAGGGUGAAACUACCGGAAAUCAAGCUGCCACUCUUCAGUGGAAAAACCAAGGAGUGGGUAACGUUCCGAGACUCUUUUAAAAGUCUCAUCCACUCAAGCAAUCAACUUUCCAACACAGAUAAAUUUUGCUAUUUACGUUCGGCCGUGACAGAUGAAGCUUUACAAGCAAUUGCGUCAGUAGACAUAACAGCAGCAAACUAUGAGGUGGCUUGGUCGACAUUAGAAAGGCGCUACGAAAAUAGGAAACUCCUGGUGAAAUCGUACUUAGACUCACUGUUCUCCAUCGAUUCCCUGAGGCAUGAGAGCUAUGAAGUGCUGAACAAGUUUAUAAGCGAUUUUGAGCGAAACCUCCAGAUGCUACAAAAAGUGGGAGAGAAACCUGACCAGUGGAGCACCCUCCUGGUUCACAUGGUGUGUUCCCGCUUGGAUCAACACACCCUGCGCCAGUGGGAAACACACCAUAGUUCAAAGGAAGUUCCGUUAUUUGAUGACCUGAUGCUCUUCCUACGCAAGCAUUGCUCAGUGCUUGAAUCCAUUUCACAUCGGAAACCAGAGGAGCCAGAUAACUGUGAUGAGCCGAUCACAGUUGGGGUUAGAAAGCCAGCAGUUCCGUCCAUUGUUAAGUGUCCAUUUUGUAGUGAUAUUUUUCAUCGAGCCUUUUAUUGUACAAAAUUCCUGAAGCUGUCAGUGGACGAAAGAAGUGAAGCUGUGAAAAGGGCAAAGUUAUGUUUUAAUUGUUUGUCCUCACGUCAUCUUGUUCGUUCCUGUUCGAAAGGAUUCUGCCACCAUUGUGGCAUGCGUCAUCACUCACUGCUACAUCCGAAAUCCUCCGUCUCGCAGCAACCAAACCGACCCUCUUCGCCAAAAUUUCAGCCUCAACCACAAUUCUCUCCUACACUCCAAGACUCACCUGAAUCCAACCAGCUAAGGACGACCCAUCCUCCCAACACUCAACCCUCAACCUCGUAUCCUGUAACAUACUCGCAGCCAAUUCUCACCACAGAUCCAAAGCAUCCCAUUGUACUUCCCUCUCCACCACCAAACCACACAAAACAAGUCCUGUUGCCUACCGCUGUUGUUAGUGUUCAGGACUCAUAUGGGAACACCCGUAUUGCCAGAGCAUUGCUCGACUCAUGCUCUCAGUUCUGCUUCAUGGCUUCUCGUUUCAGCCAACAACUUAGGCUACGCAGUGUAGCAGAGAAUCUUACCGUACAGGGCAUCGGGAGAUCGCAAGCUGUAUCAAACACGAUGGUGGAAGCAUCCGUUGGUUCAAAUGCCUCAAAUAUUUCCCCCAUUUCGAUGAAAUUCUUUAUCCUACCUGAGUUGACAGCACCACUUCCGGCUACACGAGUUUCUUAUGAAACCCGGCAGCUACCGCGAAGCAUUCAACUCGCCGAUCCUCAAUUCUGGGAACCAGGAACAAUCGAUCUCAUCAUCGGUGCAGAACAUUUCUUCAAUCUGCUAUUAGAUGGAAAAUUUAAGCUGAUGUAUGACGGUCCGUAUCUGCAAAAUUCCGUGUUUGGGUGGAUAGUCGCAGGCACCCUCCCGGACAAAUCGACAAUUGAGAAUGGGGAAAUAUACUUAAAGAAGAUGGCGAUCAGCAAGCCAGAUGGUUGUUUUGAGUUGAAGAAAUUCAACACAAAUUCAUCCGGAAUUCUGGCACAAUCAUCGCAACGCAAUCCGUGUUGGCGGCCGACCAGCUCAGUUGUCAUGCUGUCCACCGAAUCCAGUCCGUCCAUUCCAGUUGUUCCAGUAGAACACCUCAGCGAUCUAGUCAUCCAGUCCAGUUCAACCCUGUUGUCCAGUCCAGUUUAA